GCAAACGCCGGGGUGGCGGGACGGUGCCAGUCUCAGGAAAGAAGAGCGGCAUACCUGGAGUAGCUGCGGGAGUCCGGAGUCCUACUUAUUUCACGAAACGCUGCUUGCCUGGCCAAUACCAUUCCCUGGAGCUUUGAAUUGGUUAGUGCGUGACUCCGUGACAAGACAAGCUUUCAACAUGCCGAAAGCCAGCGCAAAAUCAAAGAGGACGGUAUCGGACUCAGACAGCUCUGAUUCCGGUAGUGAUAAUGUGAAGCCGGUCAAGAAGUCACGUCCCUCGGAAACGAAAGACUCAUGCGAGGUUGUCAACGGCGAGCCCACGUGGAAGAUAGGCACCCAGCGCUUUGUCAAGAUUCGCAAGUUCAAGAGCAAAACGUUCGUGGACAUUCGGGAGUAUUGGACAGACGACAAGGGCGAACAGAAGCCGGGAAAGAAGGGACUCUGCAUGAACCUGGAGCAGUGGGACAUGCUGACGCAGAUCAUCCCGGAGGUGAACCAGCGGCUGUAGACGCGGCUGGCAGCGUUCCGUCCGGCGUCACGCCUAGUCCAGCGUUCCUUGGCAUCGUCCCGCGCACGCGCCGGCGCUCCAGCUCCCGGCGGAACGACCGCGCGUCAUUCAUGCUGUGAUGUUUUGUUAUCUACUUUUGCCGUCGUAUAAUCCAGGAUUACAUUUUUUUUGAAGUGGCGUUUUCAGGUAGAUGUUCGUGCUCGAUCCUGCACCACGCGAGGUUGAGUUUGAUCUGACUAGUGGCUGGCGUCAGCCAGGAGCUCAGAACAAGCGCACUAUGUGUGAGGCGAAAUCCGUUCCGACCCCAUCUUCCAGAAAAUGAAAUAAAACCGUGUCUCGUAAA